AUGGCCAACAAGGCCGGCGACACCCCGCUGCACGCGGCGGUGAAGCACGGCAGGACUGUCGCCGCUGCACUGCACAUCGCCGCUGCAUUGCACAUCGCCGCCCGGGAGGGCCUCGCCGACGUCGUGGCCAAGAUCGCCAGCCAGCCCUGGGUCCACGAGAGGUAUGACCCUUCCGACUCCGGCACCCCCCUGCACCAGGCCAUCCUCGGCGGCCACACCCGGGUGGUGGAGAUUUUGCCGGAGGUGACGUGGAUCCUGGAUAUAGGGCUGACGGACUCGAGCGAGAACAACCUCCUGCACUACGCGGCGCAGAAGAACAACGCACGCCUGGUGAAGCUGUUACUCAACCGGAAGUCGGAUCUCGCCUACAGGAGGAAUCGGAAGCUCAUGUCCCCGCUCCACGUCGCCGCCGACCACGGCUCAACAGAGGCAAUGAAAGAGAUGCUGACGCGGUGCCCCGACGUGACGGAGAUGGUUGAUAGUAUCGGCAGGAACGCGUUGCAUGUGGCCAUCGACAGCGACAAAGUGGACGUGCUCCGGUGCGGUGCCUGCUCAAGUACGUGCGCGGCGUGGAGAUUAUCAACCGGGUCGACCACGGAGGCAACACGCCGCUUCAUCUGGCCGCCUCGUUAAAUCGAGCAGCGCUUGGCCUGGUGCUGCUCAAGAACCCCAGGGUGAACCCAUGCCUUCUCAACAGGGACGGCCAAACCGCACGGAGCAUUACCGAGAGGCAUACAGUAUCUGAGGAUAGCAUCACGGUAUACUUCUGAAAGGAGCUAA